AUGGCUGCGUUCCUCUUCAUCUCUCGGUUGCUUGGUUUAAGUAACGAUUCUCACACCUUCUCUUUCAUUCCAGCAGCCGAUGUGUUUAAUAGACAUGUCAUUGGCAUAGAUGUUGAUGAUGAGUCCCUUGAAAUUGCAUCAAUCAAUGCUGAUAAUCUGGAGGUUGAAAUAGGUUUAAUUCAAUGCGAAAUCAAGAAUUUAAAUUGGCGAGGUCAAAUUGUUGAUACUGUUGUAAUGAACCCUCCAUUUGGAACACGGAAAAAAGGAGCUGACAUGGAGUUUCUCUCUGUCGCAUUGAAGCGGUAUAUUCAUUGCACAAGACAACAACAAGAGAAGUAUAUCUUUGAUUUUUUUCUAAACGAAAAAAGAUCAGAAGAGAAGGAGGAUAAGAGAGUUGACAACAGGCUUGUGAUCAUUUUUCUCUCUUCAACUUCUAAUCCAUCAAUAUUAUGCUUUACUUAUAGCAUAUACUUGUAAUCAAGAUUAAGUUUGACAGUUGUGUGUCAUCUGAUACUCCAUUUGUCUGUUGUUAGGGACUGCUAUGAUUUUUUGAGGGUUGUUAUGGAAAAUGGAG